ACGGAUUUCAAUUCGGAGAAAGUUGGACCAAAAAGUGUUCCCCGACUGGGACCAAAUUAGUCCCAAUCAGGGACUUACGUUUAGAAUUGUAGAGAUAGGCCGUCCGCUCCACUGAGACGCCAAAACAGGAGAAUGGAGUCAUCACCGUGUCUUCUUCCUCUUCCUUCUCCUAUAAAAGACUACCACAACUCCCUCCAUUCUUCACCUUUUCUUACAAAGUUUCAUUCUAUUCUGUUGCUGGGAGUGAGGAGAACGUGGUGGUGCUGUCGUAUUGGUGUGAGGUCGCCAGAGGUAAGAGCUAUUGUCGCCGGAAGUUUCGCCGGAAAAUCUUCAAAACCUCCAUUACGCUUCGAGAAGGCUGAACUUAAAGCUUUAAAGGCACAAGAGGACUAUGAAACUAACCUCGGGGACACUCUAAAAUGCCUUGCUAAUCAAGCCAAUGCUGAACUUAUAGUGGCUUCAAACAGAGUAACCACCUUUUGGAAACAAAAAGCUCACCUAAAGUGGAUGGAACUUGGUGACCAAAACUCUUCCUUCUUCCACUCCUAUGUGAAGGGUAGGAGAGCUAGUCUGAAGAUUAGAUCAGUUUCAACAGUUGGGGGCAAAAAACUCUUCCAGGAGGAGGAUAUAAAAAAUGAGGCUAUGGAAUACUUCAAAAAUGUUUUCAGCAGUAUCACUUUAGUGGAUGACCAGGAGAUUCUUAGACAUAUUCCUACACUAAUCACCACUGAGAACAAUAACUCCAUGACACUAAUUCCUGAGAAAGAAGAAAUCAAAAAGGUAGUGUGGGAGCUUAAUCCUAAUGCAGUAUCAGGUCCAGAUGGAUACAAUGGAGUUUUCUUCAGAACUUGUUGGAGCAUUAUUAAGGAGGAUGUGGUGAAAGCUUCUCAAGAAUUCUUUAUGGGUCUCCCUAUCCCUAAAUCUUUUGGAUCAACUUUCAUCACCCUAAUCCCUAAAAAGGACUGCAAGAGCUUCUCUGACUUCAGGCCCAUCUCACUCUCAACUUUUAUGAGCAAGAUAAACUCCAGGAUACUCACUUCCAGAAUCCAGCCACUUCUCUCUAAGAUUAUAUCUAAAGAGCAGGCAGGUUUCCAAAAAGGUAUGGGUGUUGAAGACCAGGUUCUUAUGACUUGUGAAAUGGCUCACAGUUUGGACACGAAAUGUGAGAGUGGUAAUGCUAUCAUCAAGUUAGAUAUGGUUAAAGCCUUCGACAGAAUUGAAUGGGGCUUUCUCAAAAGAGUCCUUGGAGGGUUUGGAUUCUCAAAUAGGGUGCAACACCUGCUCACUGCUAACAUGGAAGCCACCUACAUCUCCAUCCUCCUAAAUGGUAGCCCCACUGGCUUUUUCAAAAUGAAGAGAGGGGUGAAACAGGGGGAUCCUCUCUCUCCACUUCUUUUCAUAAUAGCCGGUGAGGUUUUUUCUAGGAUGAUCAAGACAAGCAUGGAAAGCAAAUUUCUGAAAAGCUAUAAUUCUGGCAGGAGUCUUUUGGUGAGCCACUUAGCCUAUGAUGAUGAUCUUAUUAUCUUCCUAAGGGGUGGAGUCAGAAACCUCCUUAAAUUCAAAGCCAUUCUUGAUCAAUACUCUAAAGGGUCUGGCCAAGAAGUUAAUUUCAGUAAAUCCAGAUUCUACGUUGGAAGUAAGUUACCAGCUAAUAUCAUAGCCAGAAUGGAGAGAGCCCUAGGUAUGGCACAUGGCAAAUUACCAUUCCAAUAUCUUGGAGUUCCCAUAUGCAAGGAAGCAUGGCAAACUUCCUCUGGGGCUAUAACAAUGGCUCCCCUAAACAUCACUGGAAAAAUUGGGACUCCUUAUGUUGCCCCAAGGAGGAAGGAGGAUUGGGUUUGAGGAAUCUCAGAGAUCUGCACAAAGCUUACUCCCUAAGACUGUGGUGUAAAGCACAUAAUGAUGACAAUAUUUGGGCCAAUUACAUCAGAGACAAAUACAUGAGGAGGAACUCAUUCCAUGAAAAAAUUGUGAAUUCCCCAAAUUGGAAAAGGAUAUGCAGAGUCACUCAUCUAGCGGAGGAACAUGCAGAACAAAUUGGAGACCAAGUU